AUGGACACAAUUAAGAAAGCAAUUGGGAGCGCCUUCGACCCUAAUACCGACAUUCCUGACCUCAGCGGAAGGGUAUAUGUAGUGACUGGCGGCUCCGCUGGUAUUGGCUAUGGGAUCGUUGCCCACCUCCUCCAACACAACCCUGCCAAGAUCUAUCUCCUUUCGAACAAAGAAGACCACGCCGACGAAGCUCAAGAGGCGCUCAAGGAAUGGGGCGACACGAGCAAAGUGGAGUGGCGGAAGUGUAACCUCGAAGACCUAAAGCAAGUGGAUGAGGUAGCCAAAUCGCUGGCAAAGGAGUUGGGCAGACUCGAUGCGUUGAUUUGCAACGCGGGCCUGGGUGUCGGCGUGUACAAUGAAACGCGCGAUGGCCUGGACAGCCACAUGCAGGUCAACGUCUUCUCCCAGGCUCACCUCACACUGGUCCUGUUGCCUAUUUUGCAAAAGACGCCAGACUCGCGCAUCGUCCACCAGUCGUCCGAACUGCACAGGGGUUCAGACUCGAGCAUGAAGUUUGAGUCGAUCCAAGAGAUCAACCAGGAUAUCGGUGCCACCAAGCUCUACAACCGUACCAAAUUGGCACAGAUUCUUUUCCUCCACCAGCUGUAUUCCCUCAUCAAGGCCGGCAAAUACGGGCAGGUUACAGACAGCACGGGUUUGCCGUGGAUCAACGCAACACAUCCUGGUGGUGUGUCGACGGAUCAGCAAAAUCAGGCUGUCGAAGCAUAUGGCACCGCUGGCAAGGCUGGAGUAAAGGCCGUGCGACCUUUCAUGAAGGAUCCAGUGUCUGAAGGCUGUCGACCCGCACUGUUUGCUGCGACGUCGCCUGAUAUUGUGAAGAACCAGAUCCAGAACUCGUACAUUGUUCCCGACAAGAAGCCGCAAGAGCCAUCCAAGCAGGCGCAAGACGAAAAUCUGCAGCGUAACCUGUGGAAGCUGACCAAGGAGGUUUUGGAGUCAAGGCUUGGUGAAUUGCCGUAUGAAAUGUAGAGUAGUAUCAUCGAUGCGGUGUAGUUCUCGAGUCCAAAUAUCGGUCCGACCUCACGGUUGAAUACCACACAAUCUU